AUGCUUCCUCCAGACUCCCUCGCUCUCAUCUUGCCACCAACUUCGUUCCCGCCCGACCAACCCAAGUUCCCGCCCGACACACCCAAGUUCCCGACCGACACACCCAAGUUCCGCACCGACACAACCCAAGUUCCCGCCGACACCCAACGACCGACGAAACACCCAAGUUCCGCCCGACACACCCAAACACACCCAAGUUCCCGACCGACAACCCAAGUUCCGACCGACACACCCCAAGUUCCCGCCCGACACACCCCAAGUUCCCGAACACCAAGUUCCGACCGACACACCCAAGUUCCCGACCGACACACCCAAGUUCCCGACGACACCAACCCAAGUUCCCGCCCGACACACCCAACUUCCGCCCGACACACCCAAGUUCCCGCCCGACACCCGCAAGUUCCCGCCCGACACACCAAGUUCCCGACCGAACACCCAAGUUUCCCGCCCGACACACCAAGUCCCGCCCACACACCCAAGUUCCCGCCCGACACACCCAACUUCCCGACCGACACACCCAAGUUCCCGACCGACACACCCAAGUCCCGCCCGAACACACCAAGUUCCCGCCCGACAAACACCCAAGUUCCCGCCCGACACACCCCAAGUUCCCGCCCCGACACACCCCAAGUUCCGACCGGACACACCCAAGUUCCCGUCCGACACACCCAAGUUCCGCCCGACCACACCAAGUUCCCGUCCGACACACCCAAGUUCCGCCCGACACACCCAAGUUCCCGACGGACACACCCAACCUUCCGCCCGACACACCAACUUCCCGACCGACACCCAAGUUCCCGGAACCGACACACCCAAGUUUCCCGGCCCGACACACCCAAGUUCCCGACCGACACACCCAACUUCCCGACACGACACACCCCAAACUUUCCCCGACACACCCGAACUUCCCCGACCACACCCAAAGUCCCGCCCGACACACCCAACUUCCCGACCCGACACCCAUUCCCGACCGACACACCAACUUCCCGCCCGACACCCAAGUUCCCGCCCGACACACCCAAGUUCCCGACACACCCAAGUUCCCCGCCCGACACACCAAGUUCCCGCCCGACACACCCGUUCCCCCGACACACCCAAACGACACCAAGUUCCCCGACCGACACACCCAAGUUCCCGACCGACACACCCGAACUUCCCGACGACACACCCAAGUUCCCGCCCGACAACACCCAAGUUCCCGCCCGACACCCAAGUUCCGCCCGACACACCCAAGUUCCGCCCGACACACCCAUUUCCCGACUUCCCGACACACACCAAGUUCCCGCCGACACACCCAAUUCCCGCCGACACAACCCGAACCGACACACCAAGUUCCCGCCCGACACACCCAAGUUCCGCCCGACCCAACCCGACACACCCAAGUUCCCGCCCGACACACCCAAGUUCCCGACACACCCACCCCGGCCGACCCAAGACCGACACACCAAGUUCCCGACCGACACACCCCGAACUUCCCGACGACACACCCAAGUUCCCGCCCGACACACCCAAGUUCCCGCCCGACUCACCCAAGUUCCCGCCGACACACCCAAGUUCCCGCCCGACACACCCAAGUUCCCCCGACACACCCGAACUUCCCGACGACACACCCAAGUUCCCGCCCGACACACCCAAGUUUCCCGCCCGACCGACGACAAACCCAAGUUCCCGACCGACACACCGACGACCACACCCAAGUUCCCGCCCGACACACCCAAGUUCCCGCCCGACACACCAAGUUUCCCCGACCGACACACCCAAUUCCCCCGACACACCAAGUUCCCGACCGACACACCCAAGUUCCCGUCCGACACACCAAGUUCCCGACCGACACACCCAAGUUCCCGACCGACACACCCCAACUUCCCGACCGACACCACCAAGUUCCCGACCGCACCCCGAACUUCCCGCCCGAUACACCAAGUUCCCGCCCCACCCAAGUUCCGACCGACACACCGAAUUUCCCGACCGACACACCCAACUUCCGACCGACACACCCAAGUUCCCGCCGACACACCCCAAGUUCCCGCCGACACACCCAAGUUCCCGCCCGACACACCCAAGUUCCCGCCCGACACACCCAAUUCCCGACCGACCGCGACCGACACACCCAACUUCCCGACCGACACACCGAACUUCCCGACCGACACACCCAACUUCCCGACCGACACCCCGAAUUCCCGACCGGCACCCCAACUUCCCGACCGACACCCGAACUUCCCGACCGACACACCCAACUUCCCGACCGACACCCCGAACUUCCGACACCCAACCGACACCCCGAACUUCCCGACCGACACCCCGCCGACACACCCAACCCCGAACACACCCAACUUCCCGCCCGACACACCCCAAAAAGUGCCUUGA